AUGUCUUCCACGCUCACCGUCCAUCACCUUCGGCGCUCACAAUCAGAGAGAGUGACCUGGCUAUGCGAAGAACUCGAAAUUCCGUACAAGCUUGUGUCAUACGAUCGGGACCCUCAAACCAUGAGUGCCCCAGAGGAUUUCCGCAAGCUCCAUUGGGCCGGAACUUCCCCAAUUAUCGAGGACGGCAAUAUUGUUCUUGCCGAAACCGGCGCCGUCUUUGAAUAUAUCCAAACCAAAUACGCCAACGGUCGCCUAUCUCUGCCUCCGACUCAUCCGCAAUAUGCCGAUUACCUAUUUUGGCUUCAUCGAGCCAACGGCACUUUGCAGCCCGGCCUUAUUAAUUUGAUGUUCUGCCGCAUCAAUGGCACUCCAGAUGAUGAUUUCGGUCGGCAACAUACGCAAAAGCGUAUCGACGAGAACUUCCAAGCCAUGGACUUACAGCUGUCCAGGUUCCCUUAUUUGGCGGGUGAUGAAUUUACGGCUGCCGAUUGCAUGACCGUUUGGUCGUUGACCACUCUCCGCCUGUUUAUUCCCUACGGUUUUGAGAAGUUUCCAAACAUUGUGAAAUAUCUUGAGCGGAUUUCGCAGCGUCCGGCCUUUAAGAAAGCUUUGGAAAAGGGAGACCCUGGUUUGAAGCCUGUCAUUUCUGUUUCCCCUCCGGAGAACCUUCUUGUCUAA